AUGCUAUCUUUGCUGUUCAAGUUUUAGUUGAAGUUAAAAAGGAUGAAACUAAUGAACUAAUUAUAAACUUAAUAACCAAUUUAUUAGAUUUAACAAUUAAAUGUAAGAUAAAUGAAUUUAACAAGUAUGAAGAAGAUGAUGUGAAUAAUACUGAUAAAGAACUAUCUGAAAUUCCUAUUAUAGAGAAAUUGAACAGUUUAAAAAAAUUU